AUGCUGGCCUUGUUCCAUAUCUAUAUAGAUAUUAGACCAAAGAAAAAACAAAAACAAAAUGUUUUUCAAAGGAUUACAGAGAAAAGGUUUGAGCUUUCUUCCCCAAAUUUAGAAUUACGGUUUCUGAUGGGUUCAUCAGGUGAAAGCGAUUACGAAAUCAUUACUGAUCCGUUUGAUCCAAGAUGUGUCAGCGCCUGCGUUUCGUUUUACCCUGGAACUGAGCGCGAGGAUGUGAAGCUUCGGUUGAAUGCUCAGCUGGAGCGGAUCCGAGGGAAAGAGGAAAACUUGCCUCACAACCGCACACUACAGCAGGAGUAUGAUCUCAUCAACGAUCAGAUCGUAAAGUCACAGGGCUUUGAUGUCGAUUUCUCCGAGCUUCGGUACCUAUUCGAUUUCCGACCUGCGUUUCUCGAUGACAGCGAGGUAGCCGAAGAACCAGAAACCGAUGGGGAGUUUUUCGGUAGAUUGGCCAAGGAAGCCAUUGAGGAUUACAACAAAAGAAAGGACACGAUUUUUGAGUUUGUGAAAGUGGAGAAAGCAAAUAUUUACUUGAACAGCGGAGAGAUCUACUUCAUCACAUUUGUUGCCAAGGACAAUAACCAGACAAAGAUCUUUCAAGCUAAGGUUCGCAAUGUGUUUUGUAGGGAGAUCGAACACUGCUUCUGCAGGCUGAAACCAGGUCAAGAAGUAGAAUAUGAUGAAGAUUCUAAGGGAGUUGCUAAGAAACCAAGGGUUCAAUAUUAGGGUGAAGGAGUCAGUAAAGUCUCUUAUCUUAUUUCGGUUAAGAGGAUGCUACUGCUACUAUUGUCUUUUGGUCUCUGUUGUUAGAAGAUUAGAACUUUGAACCAUUCUUUUGUUACGUACGAUCUACAGAAACAAUUAUGUAAUAUUUUAAUUCAUGCAUGUUUCCCUUUAAAAAAACAAAAAAAAAACAUAUACAC